AUGCGGCAGCAGGACCUAGGAAAGAAGUGGCUGAGCAUUGUGGGGGUCUCCCUGCUGGUUAUCGGACUGUUCUACAACCGGGUUGUGCGGUGUAUUUUUGUUCUGUCCAUCCCCUCGCUGUGCAGCACCCGGGGAAGAGCCUUCCUCAUAAGCGUGGCAUUCGUGAUUCUGGCCGUCGGACCCAUUGCCAACCUAAUUGCCAAUCUAAAGGUCCUGCUACGCAGCCUCGCCUGUGCUCAGGAGCUUCUGCGUCAGGCCCUCGGCCAGAUGAUGGAGGUGAUCAUGGAGCCAGUGCAUGCUGUUCAAUUGGCGGUGAACCUAAUGAUGCAGGAGGUCCGAAAAGUGCUAAACACCGUUAUGGUUGUACUCUUGCGCAUUCAGGAGCACCUCAGCGUAAUUAUUGACACCCUCAAGAACUGUGCCUCAUGGUUGAAAUCCGUGGUGGACCUAUGUAAUGCAGAGAUGGGAACUCCAUGGGAACGUUGCAAGAAUACGGCGCAACGGGCCAUGGUUCGGUGCCAAAAGAAACUGGGUCUCUUCAAGGGACUCUGCCAUGCCACUAAGCUCUUUUUGGCCCUCUGUUAUCCGGCAAAGAUAAUCGACGUAUUUUGCACCGGUUAUUUGGAUUUUACUUGGACCUUGCUGGACCAAAUCCUCAUCCGCUACAACGAGUUUGUACUGCAGAUCGAGCAAAUGUUUGAUGCCAACAUCACCUUUGAUCAUGAAUUCUCCUUCGAGACGAACUCCUCUAAGAGCCUGGCCGACGUGGCCGAGGAGGUAGUUGAGGACAUCAACCAGCGCCUUGGCUCAAUGGUCUUUCUAAUUGACUUUGUCGACAUCUUAUGCUGGAUAAUGAUAUUCAGCGUAUUCCUUAAAGCUUUCAUCUUUUAUGUGCGCUUUAUGCAUAGCCGGGGAUUCCAGAAUAACUUCAUAACGCAGCUUUUGGAGGACGUGGACAUGCGUAACCGAAGACAUGGAACGGAGCCCCUGCAUCCGCUGCAUCGCCUAGAGCGGAUGACAUACAUGAAGCUUACGAGUCUGUGGCUCACAAAGUUCGAGCUCCUUUCGCUUAUUGAAAGCGCCUUCUUUAUGGUCGUUCCCUGCCUGCAGCUCUUCUCCGUGUGCUUUCUGGACUACAGUCUCUUCUGGCUGCUAGCCACGAUGUCCUAUUACGGCCAUCAAGAGGCGGGCCUGGAAGUGCCUGCCUACAUCGAUCUGGAGAUCAAGGGCGGGGGCUUUGUGGGUGACAUAAUGCGGGGCAUUGCGAACGCAUUUCGUCCACUCACUCAGAAAACUGUUGUGGACACAAAUCCGUGUCUGCCCCUGCCCGUCGAGCCCAACUUCUGGGAGUAUUACCAGAUAGGAGGACUUUGUCUGCUCUCCUGGAUAAUUGUCCUGGCCGAGCCAUACGUUCUGCGUCUGCGCCACCCCAUCAUGGCAUAUUUCCACCCGGAGAGAGCUCGCGAAAGAGCCGUCUUCUUGCACAGAACAAUUUACUUGAAAAGAGAAACUAUUUUCAAGUUUGCGCGUCGCCGAGCGAGAAACAGGUACAGCCAUCGCGGAGUUGUCCAUCACUACAGAUGGUUCGUUAGCCUCCGCAACCUGCUAUUCAGCCUGACUCGGUAUCCCUGCAACACCCCCGGCUGCAAGGGUGUCUAUUGUAAGGACUGCUUUGCGGAAUCUCUGGGAGGGUGUUGCUUGUGCAAGAGACCCCUCGACUACGGCGAUUUUUCCGACUGUUCCGAAGUUGAGUAA